CCUAAGCUACGAACGUUAUGAUAUCUGCCAGGGUCCUGGUCAGGUGCUCAAGCCCUUUCCGGCGGCCCCACUGUUUUUGGAAAGUACUGAACUCUCUUUCAGACACCGACUAUCCGCUGAGCACGGUACCUAGUACGGGACACCAGCUGAUCAUGAAGCUCUUCCUUCAACUCCACAAAGUGCGAGGUUCUUCAGCUCGCUGUCCACUUUGGUGACCGGACCCACGGGAACAGGCCAAGGUUCACACGAAACCAGUGCGAUUGAGAUCAGAGCGCGCACGAAGCCAUGCGAUUAAUCCUCUGAUCACAAGUCGGUGUCACGCCAGUGCCGCAACUAUUAGACAAUCUGGGAGUCGCUUCGGCAAGAUCUUUUGAUAGAGCUAUAUAGCAUUCCGGUUCUCUUCAUUCCCCGCUUUCAUGUCAUUUACAGAGAUGCAGUCACCUCAUGCAGAUAAUCUCGCACCUCUCCCUGUAUUCUCUCGGCGGAAGACCUCUAGGUUACGCGGACCGCGCCCAUGCAGCUGGCUUCAAACGGGGAUAACAAUAAAAGAAGAAAUUGAAGGGAGCUGGUCAUGGACAUGUCGGCAGGCCGACCUGUCCAGAGCAUCAACAAUAUGUUCCCGCACCUCUGGCGACUCUAAUUCAUCCAAUCAGUCCAGUAUCAAUUCCGAGUCCUCGUCCGGCUCAUCCUCAUACAUUGAUGAUACACAGAGUUCACCAUGUGAUCACAUGUCGUCACGCAGACAUAAACGCUCUCAACGGCGAAGACCAUCGGGUCCACGCCCUCCCUCCUGUCCACAUUCUCCCAUGCGACCUACACUUUCCGUCAAUACAUCACUGUCACCCCCCGUUCCCCUUGAGAAGCCUGUCCUUUCGCUGCCCCUGACAGAGUUCCCACAUAUAGCACCAACUGAACCCACGACGCCCGCACCCCAGUUACCUCCAGCGAUUCCGUUUUCACCCUCAGAAGAACUUGAUUGGGACGCAAUAUUUGAGGUAUUGGCUUUAGAGAGCACCACAUAGCUUGAGCUUGGAGUUUAGACCACAGAUUUUUCGCACUCACUCAUAUAGCAUACUCACACUUUCAUCAUACAUUCAUGGUCAUGGACACUCCAUUUUAUGAUCUUAAUGAUUUAAUUUUUCUUGCAAUCUAAUAGGUGGUUCGUGGCUUGUUCAGUUAUAUCUUUCUUCCACGUUCCUUUUACAAGAACGUGGGCGUUGACAAAAAUCUGUACACUGUAGCAUUGGCGCGUAAAUUGAGGAGGAACGACUACGGUCGCCUUUCU